AUGAAGGAAUUACUCGACACUAACCGUGUCAACUAUCUCAUCUGGAGGUACUUAUUGGAGUCAAAUUAUCGGGAAACUGCCGCCAAGCUGCAAAAGGAGUGGCGGAUCCAAACGCCUCACAGGCAUUUUGACUAUGCUCCGCACGUCAAGACGUAUGCAUUGGUGAACCUUCUCAACAAAGGCCUUCAGUUUGAAGCGUAUGAAAGACAGUUUGCUGAGCAAAAGGUACGGUGGCCCGAUUUCAUUGUUGUUGUGAAAUUAACUCGACCUGCGCCUCGUGAUGUGCCGGCAACGGCCGAGGCGACACCGCGUGGGGUGUUUGGACCGCUCAAGUUCCAGCCCGACGUGAUGGAGGUGGAGGAGGAUGAGGUGGAGGAGGAGGCAGAAGAAUCCGAGGAUGCAGAGUACGAUGAAGACAUCGAGAACCCAAGAAAGCGCGCGGUCGACCGGCAUCUCGCCGUGUCGCAUGGGUCGCCCGCUAAGCGGCAGAGACUGAGCAACGGCUACGACAACGGGGCGGAUUCUGCCACAACCCCCAUGGAAAUUGACCACCACCACCACCACCACCACAACGGCGCAGAAAACAACCACGCCUACCCAUCGCCCCUGGAGGGCGAACAGGCCGCAUCACCAAUCCCUCACACCGAGGGGCCCUCGCGGGGCACACAGGUUGACGACACACGGGACCUCACCCAAGACACGGUGUUUCUGCGACUCGGCGCCGAUGAUUCCACAGAAGCUAGCGAAAACCCUAUCGUGCUCAUCAGCAAGUGGAACCCCAAAGACCCAUCAAUCUUGGCGACUGGCGGGACCGAUGCGCUAGCCCGCAUUUGGACGCUUCCGCGUGGAGCCGCCCCAGACGCCGCCCUGCCAGAUCACGUGGACACGGCCCCUCGGUACCUCCAUCUUGGUGAUGACCUCCCCAAUGAUUCAACCGUCACCUCCAUGGCAUGGAGCUCCAAUGGUGCUCUUAUCGCCCUCGGGAUUGAGAUAGGAAACAAGUCCCGUCUUGGUGUGUGGGCUGCCGAUGGUACCAGUGCCUACCGUUUCGAAGGCCUCGACUCCCCCAUCACCAACCUCUGCUGGAGUCCCAAUGACAAGUUCCUUUUGGCCAUCUCACCGGAUAUGACCAAUGGACUGGAGAACCCCCGGACUCUGAUCCAGGUUUCGUCUCCGACCACGGUGAAUCCGAUGUCUCACAUCCUCAACUACGACAUUCACAGCUACCCCGUCGAUGCCACAUGGAUCGGCGAGAGCUCUUUUAUUCUCUGCGGUCAAGGCAUGUUGACUGCCUUCCGAUGCACUGAAAAGGAGGUUGUUCAGAUCAGAGAGUUUGAAACACGCAAGGACGAGCGAUUCCAGUAUGUCAAGUUCGACUGGCGCUCUAGCCUUGUUGCCACUGGCAGCGAAGCGGGUUUCAUUGAUAUUUGGGAUGAGUCCAGUAGGCGGCGUUCGAUAAAAGCCCAUGACGGCGCUAUCACCGCUAUGCAGUGGCAACCGCUGCAAGCGGACCCUGCGGAGGGCGAGAGGCUGUUGGUGUCCUGUGGCAUCGAUGGCGGCAUCUUUGUCUGGAACGUACUUGGAGGCCUGGAGAAUAGGCCGAAGUACUCGAUCACCUUGGAUUCACCCCUUGCAGCAAAUAGCCUCGCCAUUAGCCCCGACGGAUCGCACAUCGCUGUAGCAACACAUGACAGAAUCUUGAUCUGGAAGCUUGGUGAACAUCAAGUCCCUAAAGCCGGCUGGAUGCCGAAUACUGGGUGGCAGACCCCCAAGACGGGAUCCGACUCGGGUGAUUCCUUGCCAUUCUUGGAGUGGGACUGCGAGGGCAAGAGACUGGUUCAUGGUUUGGAUAACCGACUUGCUAUCAUUAACUUCCGGUAG